AUGUAUGGAUACCUUCGAGAAACCGAUGAUUCUACAGCAAUCAACUAUUCGGCAUACGGCAAAUUUUUGCCAGGAGAAAACACCGGAUUCCAAUUGCUCACAAUCGGCGCAAAGUUUCUCCGGAUUUUUCGAGUGAAUCCGUAUGUGCUCAAAGAGCCCGGAGAGGAUAAUGAGGAGUGGCAACAGAAGACAAAACUCGAGUGCAUGUUCUCAUGUAGGCUGUUGAAUAAAUGCCAAUCGGUUGCAGUCGCCAGAGUUCCACAACUUCCCGACCAGGAUUCCAUUCUGAUGACAUUCGACGACGCGAAGCUCUCAAUAGUGGCUGUGAAUGAGAAAGAGAGAAAUAUGCAGACAAUAUCCCUGCAUGCCUUUGAGAAUGAGUAUCUUCGUGAUGGAUUCACCACAUACUUCAAUCCACCGAUCGUUCGAACCGAUCCAGCGAAUCGUUGUGCCGCUUCUCUCGUCUACGGGAAGCAUAUAGCGAUUCUUCCGUUUCAUGAGAAUUCGAAACGAAUUUUGAGUUAUAUUAUUCCGUUGAAACAAAUCGAUCCUCGCCUCGAUAAUGUUGCGGAUAUGGUCUUUUUGGAGGGAUACUAUGAGCCGACCAUUCUGUUUUUGUAUGAACCACUGCAAACGACACCUGGAAGAGCCUGCGUCCGUUACGACACAAUGUGCAUAAUGGGUGUCUCCGUGAACAUUGUGGAUCGUCAAUUCGCAGUUGUCUGGCAGACAGCCAACCUCCCCAUGGACUGUAAUUCCCUUCUCUCGAUUCCCAAACCUCUCGGCGGUGCCGUUGUAUUUGGAUCCAACACAAUUGUCUAUCUGAAUCAAGCAGUUCCUCCAUGUGGCAUCGUUCUGAAUUCUUGUUACGAUGGAUUCACGAAAUUCCCCCUGAAAGAUAUGAAACAUCUGAAAAUGACGCUAGAUUGCUCAACUUCUGUGUACAUGGAAGAUGGUAGAAUCGCUGUCGGAAGUCGGGAAGGUGAUCUCUACCUCCUUCGCCUCGUCACGUCUUCUGGUGGUGCUACAGUGAAGUCGUUGGAGUUCAGUAAAGUCUGUGAUACCUCAAUCGCCUUCACCCUCACUGUCUGUGCACCUGGCCACUUGUUCGUAGGCUCCCGACUAGGAGAUUCUCAAUUGUUGGAGUAUACACUUCUGAAGGUCACCAAGGAAUCUGCGAAGAAGCAACGGUUGGAGCAACAGAAUCCAUCGGAGAUAGAGCUGGAUGAAGAUGAUAUUGAGUUGUAUGGAGGAGCGAUUGAGAUGCAGCAGAAUGAUGAUGAUGAGCAAAUCUCGGAAUCUCUUCAAUUCCGAGAACUCGACAGACUUUUAAACGUUGGACCAGUCAAAUCAAUGUGCUUCGGAAGACCGAACUAUAUGAGCAAUGACCUAAUCGAUGCGAAAAGAAAGGAUCCAGUAUUCGAUCUAGUUACUGCUAGUGGUCAUGGGAAGAAUGGAGCCCUGUGUGUGCAUCAGAGAUCAAUGAGACCUGAAAUCAUCACGAGUUCUUUGCUGGAAGGCGCCGAACAGUUGUGGGCAGUUGGACGGAAGGAAAAUGAGUCGCAUAAGUAUCUAAUCGUGUCACGGGUCAGAUCCACGUUGAUUCUGGAGCUAGGUGAAGAGUUGGUGGAGUUGGAGGAGCAAUUGUUUGUGACAAAUGAGCCAACGGUUGCUGCGGGAGAGUUGUUACAAGGAGCGUUGGCUGUGCAGGUCACAUCCACAUGCAUCGCUCUCGUCACCGAUGGCCAACAAAUGCAAGAAGUCCACAUCGAUUCCAAUUUCCCAGUAGUCCAAGCCUCCAUAGUGGAUCCCUACGUGGCAGUACUCACCCAAAACGGGCGGCCUCUUCUCUACGAGCUGGCCAUGGAGCCAUAUGUACAUCUUCGCGAAGUCAAUGUGAAUGAAACUUCGUUUGCCACGUUCUCCGAGCAAAUUUCCACCCAGCUGACGUCGGUUUCUAUCUAUUCUGAUGCUUCACAGAUUAUGAAGAAGAAUACGGUAGAUGGGAGAGACGAGAAACCUGAAAAUGCGGCUGAAAAUGGACACCACGUGGCAGUGCCAAAAAUCAAGAAGGAGAUUCCAGAUGACGAUGCGAUGUUGUACGGCGAAGAUGACGAUUUUUUGUAUGGAGAUGCCGAAGAGGAUGAGCCGAUGGUAGCAGCGGAAAGUGGAGAAUCUUCGACACGCCUUCAGAAUACCCGGAAACGGAAGCGAUUGGGACACGAUGCGAUCAUGUCGAGUAGAGGAGGAGAACAGUCGGAUGCUAUUGAUCCAACAAGGACAUAUUCCAGCAUCACUCAUUGGCUAGUCGUUGCUCAUGACAACGGACGAAUUACGAUUCAUUCGCUGCCAGAUUUGGAGCUGGUUUAUCAAAUUGGACGAUUCUCGAAUGUUCCGGAGCUUCUAGUCGAUAUGACUGUGGAGGAGGAGGAAAAGGAGAAGAAGGCUAAGCAGACGGCAGCACAGGAGAAGGAGAAGGAAACGGAGAAGAAGAAGGAUGAUGCGAAGAAUGAGGAGGAUCAAGUGAAUUCAGAAAUGAAGAAGUUGUGUGAGAAGGUUGUCGAGGCCCAGAUUGUUGGAAUGGGAAUCAACCAAGCGCACCCAGUGCUCAUAGCGAUUAUCGAUGAAGAAGUAGUGUUGUACGAGAUGUUUGCCAGCUACAACCCUCAACCUGGCCAUCUCGGCGUCGCAUUUCGAAAACUUCCACAUCUCAUCGGUCUCCGAACGUCUCCAUAUGUGAAUAUCGAUGGGAAACGCGCCCCGUUUGAAAUGGAAAUGGAACAUGGAAAGAGAUAUACGUUGAUUCAUCCAUUCGAACGAAUUUCUUCUAUUAAUAAUGGAGUUAUGAUUGGUGGAGCCGUUCCGACACUCCUUGUAUAUGGUGCCUGGGGAGGAAUGCAGACCCAUCAGAUGACAAUCGAUGGAUCCAUCAAAGCCUUCACCCCGUUUAACAAUGAAAACGUGCUCCAUGGAUUUGUAUAUAUGACACAACAGAAAUCAGAGCUACGAAUCGCGAGAAUGCAUCCGGAUUUCGACUACGAUAUGCCGUAUCCUGUCAAAAAGAUUGAAGUGGGAAAAACGGUUCAUAACGUGAGGUAUCUGAUGAAUUCGGAUAUCUAUGCUGUGGUCUCGUCGGUUCCAAAGCCUAGCAACAAGAUUUGGGUGGUUAUGAACGAUGAUAAACAGGAGGAGAUUCAUGAGAAGGAUGAGAAUUUUGUGUUGCCAGCACCACCGAAGUAUACGUUGAAUCUCUUCUCCUCGCAAGACUGGGCAGCCGUCCCCAAUACCGAAUUCGAAUUUGAGGAUAUGGAAGCGGUGACAGCAAUGGAAGACGUCCCACUGAAAUCUGAAUCGCGUUACGGUGGCCUAGACACUUAUUUGGCACUAGCUACAGUUAAUAAUUAUGGAGAGGAGGUGUUGGUUAGAGGACGAAUCAUUCUUUGCGAAGUGAUUGAAGUCGUUCCGGAGCCAGGUCAACCAACGUCGAAUCGAAAGAUCAAAGUGCUGUAUGAUAAGGAGCAGAAGGGUCCGGUGACUGGAUUGUGUGCGAUUAACGGUCUUUUGUUGUCCGGAAUGGGACAGAAGGUGUUCAUUUGGCAGUUUAAGGAUAAUGAUUUGAUGGGAAUCUCGUUUUUGGACAUGCACUAUUAUGUCUAUCAGCUACACUCUAUCAGAACGAUUGCUUUGGCUUUGGAUGCGAGAGAAAGUAUGUCGCUGAUUCGAUUCCAAGAGGAGAAUAAGGCAAUGUCGAUUGCGUCGAGGGAUGAUAGAAAAUGUGCACAGGCACCCAUGGCAUCAGAAUUCUUAGUUGAUGGAAUGCACAUUGGAUUCUUGUUGAGUGAUGAGCAUGGCAAUAUCACACUGUUCAGUUACUCCCCAGAAGCGCCUGAGUCGAAUGGAGGAGAACGGUUGACAGUGAAGGCGGCGAUUAAUAUCGGAACCAAUAUUAACGCGUUUUUGAGGGUUAAAGGCCACACCUCCCUGCUAGACAGCUCCUCGCCAGAAGAGCGUGAGAAUAUCGAGCAACGAAUGAAUACGAUAUUUGGCUCCCUAGACGGCUCAUUCGGCUACAUUCGUCCUCUAACCGAGAAAUCCUAUCGACGUCUUCAUUUCCUCCAAACGUUCAUCGGAAGUGUCACUCCUCAAAUCGCCGGACUACACAUUAAAGGCGCACGCUCGUCAAAACCAUCCCAGCCGAUUGUCAACGGGCGGAACGCGCGGAAUCUGAUUGACGGAGACGUCGUUGAGCAAUAUUUGCAUUUGUCGGUGUACGAUAAGACGGAUUUGGCGAGACGGUUGGGUGUGGGAAGAUACCAUAUUCUUGAUGAUCUGAUGCAAUUGAGACGAAUGGCAUACUAUUAUUAG